AUGACGCAGACCAAUAACCUACUUAGAAAGUAUCGCUUCUUAAAGUUCUGCGUUUACCGCGUCUAUCGCAUCUGUCACAACCUGUAUCUUCAUCCUCUGUCCAAAGUCCCGGGCCCCAAGCUUUACGCUAUCUCCUGGUUCCCCCGUCUCUGGCGGCAGCAUAUCAGCGGCUGUCAUCAUCGUGACCUUAUCAGGCUCCAUGAGACUUACGGCCCCAUUGUGCGUGUCGGGCCUGAUGAGGUCUCUGCACCCUCGGGCGUCGCCUGGGAGGUUAUCGGUGGGACAUCCCGCCAGUUUAUGCGCGACCCUAACUUUUUCAGUGUCUCGCAGCUCCAAACAAAGGGCAAGUCUUUCAUCUCUCUUGACAAAGCGGAGCAUCAUGCCAUCCGCCGCCUGCUGCUCCCCGCCUUCACCAGCAAGACGUUCAAGCAGCACGAAGAGCUUGUCAGAGAAUGGAUCAACAGGCUCGUGUCCAAGAUCCGGGAGCACGAGUCACCCAAGGAGAUCAAUAUUGACCGCUUCUUCACAUGGUUCACAUUUGAUGUAAUGGGGGCGCUGUCUUUCGGCACCGACUUUGGCUGCCUGGCUCUCGAACGGGACCAUGCGUAUCUCCGAGCGGCCGAGCUCGGCGCGCCGGCUCUAUCCAUCAUGCAGAUCAUCCUACGCUUCCCCGCGACCAGAUGGGUCUACGGUUGGGCGCAGAAGCUUCCCUGGAUGGUACUGUGGAAUAGCUUGCGGACUAUGUCAGACGCUGCGGCGAGAAAGUGGAUCGAGGAGAUUGCGGACGUAGAUCGCGAGGAUAUUAUGGCGACGGUUUACAGAGGAAUGCAAGACGCCAAGGACCCUAUCACGCCCGUGCAGGCACUUGAUGUGGCAUCCAUACUGACGUUAUCGGGCGGGGAGGCAACCCCGAUCUUGAUGACCGCCAUGAUGUGGAAUAUCUUAAGGACACCGAGGGUUUUGAGAAGGCUUUGCUUUGAGAUCAGAGAUUCGGGGCUGAUUCGAACGGCGGCGGAUAUCACAGCCGCGAACACAGACAAGAUACUGUAUCUAGACGCCGAGAGUCUCCGGACAGACACGCCGUUUGCGACAACAAUCCCUCGGAUAGGUUCCUGGAUGGAUGGGUAUUGGCUUCCAGGAGGUACAACGUGCGGUGUUCCGCACUACUGCGCAGGACACUGGGAGUUCAAUUUCAAGGACCCAAACGACUUUGUGCCGGAACGCUGGCUGCCAGAGGAGCGUGACGCUAAGUACGCCGAUGACAAGAGGGCUGCUUUUCGACCUUUUGCCAAAGGCAGUUUAGACUGCAUUGGAAAACGCUUUGUCUACCAUGAAGUUCGCAUGGCCUUCGUUGCCCUGAUCUGGCACUUUGACUUUGAAAUCGCGCCAAGAUCAGUUCAAUGGGACAAGGGGCAUAGAGCCGAGUUUAUCCGGAUUAUUCGGCAAAAGAGACCGCUAUUUAUCAAGGCAACUCCAAGACAAUUCGAUUUCCCUGUCUGAUUAUUACAAGGGUCGCCCUAGCUGCUCCGGCGGUGUUAGAUUGAGCUGUGCUGCACGGGAGGCAUAGAGCUUGGGCUCAGUGGGAAGAAAGGGAAGGCUGAAGAUGUUAAUUGUUUUCAAGGACAUGUGACUCUGUAUCAUCCGUAUGAAGAACACCCACCCAACAGUGCCUUAAAAAGGCGUCUGUAAGGGUCAUAAAUUGAAAUCGUC